UACAGCUGCAAUUUAGAAAUCUCCAAAUAGCUAUUCUACCUAAUAAUAGCCACAUUUUAAGUGGGUUCAUCAAUUCCCAAUUUCCCAAUCGAUAAGCCCUAAAACGCUCCUUCUCUGGGAAUCAAAUCUUCAUCUCUGAGUAAUUCCGAGCUGAUCUCUCUAUUCUUCUGUCGGAUAAUGUCGUCUGUAGGAACAUCGAAAGGGAUUCUGGAGAUCGCCAAGUUCGGUUUCUACGUCGCCGUUCCCAUCGGCCUCAUGUAUACAUUCGCCAACAACAGCACCAAUAUCAAGAAAUUCAUGGGCAAUCGUUCAUAUGUUGUCUAUCCUGAAGAAGCACCUCGACCUCCUUCACCCGAGGAGAUGAGAGAGAUGGCACGAGAGCUUGCCCGUAAGAAGAAUCUUCCGUGAGAGUUGAUGAGACAGGAAUAUACACAAAGUUUCAUGUUACUGUGAUAGUAAACUGCUCGGGGUAACAACUGAUAAUAAUGUUAUGUCAUAUUUAUUUGAUUCCUGAAGAUUAAAAUGAGGUGUACUACUAAAGCAAUAAUAAGGAAGGAGAGGCGUUUGUUCUGUUUAAACUUUAAACUUAAACGAACACAUUGGUUACACAUUUUGUGUUUAUGCGCACAUCAUUGCUUCAAGUGUUUUGCUUUUUAAGUAUUCAUUAAAUGCCAAUGGGCUUUAUUCGGA